GUAAGCUCACUGGUUUGUUUCGUCAUGUCUAAAAGGAAGACUUAUUCACCUCUAAAUUUAAAGCAGAAUAAGAAAUUGGAAGGAAUGAUUGCUAGGAUUGAUAGAAUCUACUCCUGGGUAGAAAAUUUGGACGAAGCUAUUGUUAAUAUAGAAACUAGAUUAGAAGAUUUAGAGAAAAAAUUUACAUACGAUACCGGUUAUCGAGAGGCUGAUAGAGGGCGCUGUAUUGGUGGCUGGUUGUUGUUAUUGUCUAACUCUUGGAAAGUAAAUAUCUUGGAAAAAGAUAGGCAUUGGAUUGUUGUGGAAUUGUCUAUAGGGCCUAUAGUAAUUUCUUUCUGUUUUAUGUAUAUAAGACCUGCAUUAUGGAAUUCUAUUUGGACAGAGGUAGCUAGGUUGGUUAAUUGUUAUAAGAUAGACUUUUUAAUUGGUGAUUUUAAUGCUCGCAUUGGAGUAGAACUGCAGGAAUGGAUUUAUGAAAGUAAUGAGAAUAUUGAUCAGGAUUGGAUGUUGAGGUCAUCAAAAGAUACAGUAUUAAAUAAUCGUGGAAAAUUGGUGUUAGAUUUUUGUGAAGAGGCGGGAUAUAUUGUUUUAAAUGGUAGAGGUUCAUCUAUAUCUAAAGGUUAUUAUACAUAUGUGAGUGAUAUAGGCUCCUCUGUAAUUGAUUUGGCUUUGGUUAAGUUAAAUAGAUUAUCUAUUGUAACAAGUUUUUCUGUAUUAGAUAAAGUGUAUAGUAAUCAUUUUCCGAUAAGUGUAGUCUUAGAUUGUAAAUCUAAGAAGGAAAUUCGAAAAUCAUUUAAGAAGUAUAAGAGUAAGAGUGAGAGAAUUUUUUGGAGGGAAGAAGGUAGUGAGAAGAUAAAUUAUAAGUAUAGGGAACUAUUAGGUGCGAUUCAGAGUCAGUCAGUAUUAACGUUGGAAGGUUUAACUCAUUUAAUUAAAUCUUCGUUUUCAGAUUGGUGUCAAAGGCCAAUUGGAUUUUCCAAUUUUGUGUGGUUUGAUAUGGAUUGUAAGUUGAGUAUUGCAAGAAGAAAUCAGGCGUUGAAUAGGAUGAGACGGUCAAAGUGUGGAAAUAGUGUUGCAAAGAUCAAUAAGAAUUUGGCGUCUGGUGAUAGUAAGCAGUUCUGGCGAUUUAUUAAUUUCUUUGUUAAGAGUAAAUACAGGGAGCUUCCAGAUCUUGAUUGGGACGAGCUGUUGGAUACGGAGAUAACAGAACAGGAAGUCAAAAAGAUUCUAGCUUCUAUGAAAAAUGGUACUGCUCCAGGUAUUGAUGGGAUACCGGUGGAACUAUAUAAGAAUUUCCCAGAUAUGAUUGGAUAUAUGGUAGAUCUGUUUAACAAUGUUUAUCAAUCAGGGAUGAUUCCUUUAGACUGGCGCAUAUUUAAAAAGGGUCUUAGAGAUUUACCUGAAAAUUAUAGAGCAAUUUCGUUACUACUGACAAUAUCUAAAGUUUUCU